CACGGAUGCCAAGCAGUCUCCGUUUUGCGUAUUAUUUGAGCUGCUGGCGUGCCGAAGCCGCAGUCGCGUUUUGACAUUUGCGAAAACACUGCGUACGUAGCGCUUGCACGAGCUUUCUAAAUCUAAAUACAAAGAGUGAUUAAACUAAAUAGAUUACUUAUUUAAUGCAUUGAUUAAAUUCAAGUUCAACCAAAAUGUACGCGCGCAUAGAUUGCGAAUGAAAUUAGUCACGAACCGCAAGUGAAGUGUGAUAGAAGAAAAGCAAUUGCUUAUAAUAAUAAAGACACUUAAAGCUUGUAUACAUGAUGUCACGUGGGUCACAUUUGUCGUCCACUCGGCAUUGUUGCUGUUUUGGAUUGUUGUUGCUCUUAUGGGCUGCUUGCGCAUGGCCUGCGACGUUGGCGAGCCCGUCUUAUCGCUGUAUGUACUUGUAUACAAAAACUUACGGCCAAUGCACGGAUGCCGAAACCGGACGCGAGCUCUACAUCGGCGACUCCUUCACACGCCCGGGCCGGUGCAUACGCGUUCAGUGCUUGGGCACACUGCAGCUAUGGGAGGAUAGUUGUGAAGUACCCAAAUUGGAGGGUAAUUGCAGUUCUGUGCCGCCAGGCAAUGAAUUCCUCAACUAUCCACAUUGUUGUCCACUGUUCGUGUGCAGAAAGAUUGCCGUUAGCGAAAAGGAACGUACAGAAGAGAUACGUACCUACAAUCAGUAUGGCACUAUGAUAAAACAGGACAUAAAGCAGAUUUUCAGUGUUGGCCCAGUCAGGGGUAAUGUACCAGGUGCGGGUGUUAUUACACAGUUUGAAAUUUAAGUGCGAAAAGUAAUUUUGCAAUUUUUUUUUUGCAUAAUCGCGCAUUUUAUUUAACGAUUGCACUAUGAAAUUAUUAAUAAACGAAAAUUUAGACUGUGAAGGAAA